CCCUGACAUUCACUUAUUCUCUCUAUCAGCCCCUCUCUAGGUCCUUCCACAAUGUCUAUCUCCAAUACCUUCAAAGUAGAAGAAACCAACUGUACUCCCUCUGGUUUCACUCUGACCCAAUCCACCACACCUUCAACCCAGUCUAGUGAGAGAAGAGGCAGAAGAAAGCAAGCAGAGCCAGGGAGAUUCCUUGGAGUGAGGCGUCGCCCUUGGGGUAGAUAUGCUGCAGAAAUCAGAGACCCAACAACCAAAGAGAGACACUGGCUUGGGACCUUUGACACUGCUCAUGAAGCAGCUCUUGCAUAUGACAGAGCUGCUCUCUCCAUGAAGGGAACCCAAGCAAGAACCAACUUCAUCUACUCUGAUAACACCACCUUUCACUCCCUCCUCACACCCUUCAAUGCACAAGCCUUCCUACAACCUUCACAGUUCCUUGCCAAUGCCAGUGAUAAUAAACCCAACACGUAUCAGACCCAUGUCCAAUCUGAUCAGGACAUGUGUAGCAUUCAAGGUUCCAGUACUGGGUCAGCCUCCAUUAGUGAUAAUAACUUCCUUUUCUCUUCUGAUUCUGGGUCAGGUUACUUAGAGAGUAUCAUUCCUGAUAGUUACUUGAAACCUGCAUCAAAACCCACAAAUGUAAGUGUCCAAGAUUGUAGUUUCAGCACUUGUUCUGAGACACACAACCCAAUCAUGGUCCCUUCUCCAGAAGUUCAAUCUUAUUGUAGCAACAACAACAACAACAACAACAACUCAGCUUCUUCAAUGGAUAACUUGAAUGGGACAGCAAAGGAUAUGAGUUUCAACUCCAAUAACUUCCCUUGCCUGGACGAGCUUAAUCAUGGGUUUUGGGGUUAUGGUCAGUCAUGGGAACCUGUCGCUGCAAUGGAGGAGAACCCUUUAAUGGUGGAAGAUGGGUGCAUUGGAGCUUCUUUCUACCCCUACAUUGACAGCCCAGGCUAUGGGUUCAUGCCUCAGGCUACUCCUGCAGAUACUUACUGUCCAUCACUUCCCUCUUGUAGUGAUGUAAUAGACUUGGGUUACUCUCUCUUUUGAGGACUUUUUGCAGCUCUUCUUUGAAGUAAGCUUUUUAGCAGUCCUCCCUUGUUUGCU